AUGCCUGAGGUCAGGUUUGACGUCAAGUUUGAGGUCAGGUUUGACGUCAAGUUUGAGGUCAGGUUUGACGUCAAGUUUGAGAUCAGGUUUGACGUCAAGUUUGAGGUCAGGUUUGACGUCAAGUUUGAGGUCAGGUUUGACGUCAAGUUUGAGAUCAGGUUUGACGUCAAGUUUGAGAUCAGGUUUGACGUCAAGUUUGAGAUCAGGUUUGACGUCAAGUUUGAGAUCAGGUUUGACGUCAAGUUUGAGAUCAGGUUUGACGUCAAGUUUGAGAUCAGGUUUGACGUCAAGUUUGAGAUCAGGUUUGACGUCAAGUUUGAGGUCAGGUUUGACGUCAAGUUUGAGGUCAGGUUUGACGUCAAGUUUGAGGUCAGGUUUGACGUCAAGUUUGAGGUGAGGCUUGACGUCAAGUUUGAGAUCAGGUUUGACGUCAAGUUUGAGAUCAGGUUUGACGUCAAGUUUGAGGUCAGGUUUGACGUCAGGUUUGAGGUCAGGUUUGACGUCAGGUUUGAGGUCAGGUUUGAGAUCAGGUUUGACGUCAAGUUUGAGAUCAGGUUUGACGUCAAGUUUGAGGUCAGGUUUGACGUCAAGUUUGAGGUCAGGUUUGACGUCAGGUUUGAGAUCAGGUUUGACGUCAAGUUUGAGAUCAGGUUUGACGUCAAGUUUGAGAUCAGGUUUGACGUCAGGUUUGAGGUCAGGUUUGACGUCAGGUUUGAGGUCAGGUUUGACGUCAGGUUUGAGAUCAGGUUUGACGUCAAGUUUGAGAUCAGGUUUGACGUCAAGUUUGAGGUCAGGUUUGACGUCAAGUUUGAGGUCAGGUUUGACGUCAGGUUUGAGGUCAGGUUUGACGUCAGGUUUGAGAUCAGGUUUGACGUCAAGUUUGAGGUCAGGUUUGACGUCAGGUUUGAGGUCAGGUUUGACGUCAGGUUUGAGAUCAGGUUUGACGUCAGGUUUGAGAUCAAGUUUUACGUCAAGUUUGAGAUCAGGUUUGACGUCAAGUUUGAGAUCAGGUUUGACGUCAAGUUUGAGAUCAGGUUUGACGUCAGGUUUGAGAUCAGGUUUGACGUCAAGUUUGAGAUCAGGUUUGACGUCAAGUUUGAGAUCAGGUUUGACGUCAAGUUUGAGAUCAGGUUUGACGUCAAGUUUGAGGUCAGGUUUGACGUCAAGUUUGAGGUCAGGUUUGACGUCAAGUUUGAGGUCAGGUUUGACGUCAAGUUUGAGGUGAGGCUUGACGUCAAGUUUGAGAUCAGGUUUGACGUCAAGUUUGAGAUCAGGUUUGACGUCAAGUUUGAGGUCAGGUUUGACGUCAGGUUUGAGGUCAGGUUUGACGUCAGGUUUGAGGUCAGGUUUGAGAUCAGGUUUGACGUCAGGUUUGAGAUCAGGUUUGACGUCAAGUUUGAGAUCAGGUUUGACGUCAAGUUUGAGAUCAGGUUUGACGUCAAGUUUGAGAUCAGGUUUGACGUCAGGUUUGAGAUCAGGUUUGACGUCAAGUUUGAGAUCAGGUUUGACGUCAAGUUUGAGAUCAGGUUUGACGUCAAGUUUGAGAUCAGGUUUGACGUCAAGUUUGAGGUCAGGUUUGACGUCAAGUUUGAGGUCAGGUUUGACGUCAAGUUUGAGGUCAGGUUUGACGUCAAGUUUGAGAUCAGGUUUGACGUCAAGUUUGAGAUCAGGUUUGACGUCAAGUUUGAGGUCAGGUUUGACGUCAAGUUUGAGGUCAGGUUUGACGUCAAGUUUGAGAUCAGGUUUGACGUCAAGUUUGAGGUCAGGUUUGACGUCAAGUUUGAGAUCAGGUUUGACGUCAGGUUUGAGGUCAGGUUUGACGUCAAGUUUGAGAUCAGGUUUGACGUCAAGUUUGAGAUCAGGUUUGACGUCAAGUUUGAGAUCAGGUUUGACGUCAAGUUUGAGAUCAGGUUUGACGUCAAGUUUGAGGUCAGGUUUGACGUCAAGUUUGAGGUCAGGUUUGACGUCAAGUUUGAGAUCAGGUUUGACGUCAAGUUUAUGGUCAGGUUUGACGUCAAGUUUGAGAUCAGGUUUGACGUCAGGUUUGAGGUCAGGUUUGACGUCAGGUUUGAGAUCAGGUUUGACGUCAAGUUUGAGAUCAGGUUUGACGUCAAGUUUGAGGUCAGGUUUGACGUCAAGUUUGAGAUCAGGUUUGACGUCAAGUUUGAGAUCAGGUUUGACGUCAAGUUUGAGAUCAGGUUUGACGUCAAGUUUGAGGUCAGGUUUGACGUCAAGUUUGAGAUCAGGUUUGACGUCAAGUUUGAGGUCAGGUUUGACGUCAGGUUUGAGAUCAGGUUUGACGUCAGGUUUGAGGUCAGGUUUGAGAUCAGGUUUGACGUCAAGUUUGAGAUCAGGUUUGACGUCAAGUUUGAGGUCAGGUUUGACGUCAAGUUUGAGAUCAGGUUUGACGUCAGGUUUGAGGUCAGGUUUGACGUCAAGUUUGAGAUCAGGUUUGACGUCAAGUUUGAGGUCAGGUUUGAUGUCAGGUUUGAGGUCAGGUUUGACGUCAGGUUUGAGAUCAGGUUUGACGUCAAGUUUGAGAUCAGGUUUGACGUCAAGUUUGAGGUCAGGUUUGACGUCAAGUUUGAGGUCAGGUUUGACGUCAAGUUUGAGGUCAGGUUUGACGUCAAGUUUGAGAUCAGGUUUGACGUCAAGUUUGAGAUCAGGUUUGACGUCAAGUUUGAGGUCAGGUUUGACGUCAAGUUUGAGAUCAGGUUUGACGUCAAGUUUGAGGUCAGGUUUGACGUCAAGUUUGAGAUCAGGUUUGACGUCAAGUUUGAGAUCAGGUUUGACGUCAAGUUUGAGAUCAGGUUUGACGUCAAGUUUGAGAUCAGGUUUGACGUCAAGUUUGAGGUCAGGUUUGACGUCAAGUUUGAGAUCAGGUUUGACGUCAAGUUUGAGGUCAGGUUUGACGUCAGGUUUGAGAUCAGGUUUGACGUCAGGUUUGAGGUCAGGUUUGAGAUCAGGUUUGACGUCAAGUUUGAGAUCAGGUUUGACGUCAAGUUUGAGGUCAGGUUUGACGUCAAGUUUGAGAUCAGGUUUGACGUCAGGUUUGAGGUCAGGUUUGACGUCAAGUUUGAGAUCAGGUUUGACGUCAAGUUUGAGGUCAGGUUUGAUGUCAGGUUUGAGGUCAGGUUUGACGUCAGGUUUGAGAUCAGGUUUGACGUCAAGUUUGAGAUCAGGUUUGACGUCAAGUUUGAGGUCAGGUUUGACGUCAAGUUUGAGGUCAGGUUUGACGUCAAGUUUGAGGUCAGGUUUGACGUCAAGUUUGAGAUCAGGUUUGACGUCAAGUUUGAGAUCAGGUUUGACGUCAAGUUUGAGGUCAGGUUUGACGUCAAGUUUGAGAUCAGGUUUGACGUCAAGUUUGAGGUCAGGUUUGACGUCAAGUUUGAGAUCAGGUUUGACGUCAAGUUUGAGAUCAGGUUUGACGUCAAGUUUGAGAUCAGGUUUGACGUCAAGUUUGAGAUCAGGUUUGACGUCAAGUUUGAGGUCAGGUUUGACGUCAAGUUUGAGGUCAGGUUUGACGUCAAGUUUGAGGUCAGGUUUGACGUCAAGUUUGAGAUCAGGUUUGACGUCAAGUUUGAGGUCAGGUUUGACGUCAAGUUUGAGGUCAGGUUUGACGUCAAGUUUGAGAUCAGGUUUGACGUCAAGUUUGAGGUCAGGUUUGACGUCAAGUUUGAGAUCAGGUUUGACGUCAGGUUUGAGGUCAGGUUUGACGUCAAGUUUGAGAUCAGGUUUGACGUCAAGUUUGAGGUCAGGUUUGAUGUCAGGUUUGAGGUCAGGUUUGACGUCAGGUUUGAGAUCAGGUUUGACGUCAAGUUUGAGAUCAGGUUUGACGUCAAGUUUGAGGUCAGGUUUGACGUCAAGUUUGAGGUCAGGUUUGACGUCAAGUUUGAGGUCAGGUUUGACGUCAAGUUUGAGGUCAGGUUUGACGUCAAGUUUGAGGUCAGGUUUGACGUCAAGUUUGAGAUCAGGUUUGACGUCAAGUUUGAGAUCAGGUUUGACGUCAAGUUUGAGGUCAGGUUUGACGUCAAGUUUGAGAUCAGGUUUGACGUCAAGUUUGAGGUCAGGUUUGACGUCAAGUUUGAGAUCAGGUUUGACGUCAAGUUUGAGAUCAGGUUUGACGUCAAGUUUGAGAUCAGGUUUGACGUCAAGUUUGAGAUCAGGUUUGACGUCAAGUUUGAGGUCAGGUUUGACGUCAAGUUUGAGAUCAGGUUUGACGUCAAGUUUGAGGUCAGGUUUGACGUCAGGUUUGAGAUCAGGUUUGACGUCAGGUUUGAGGUCAGGUUUGAGAUCAGGUUUGACGUCAAGUUUGAGAUCAGGUUUGACGUCAAGUUUGAGGUCAGGUUUGACGUCAAGUUUGAGAUCAGGUUUGACGUCAGGUUUGAGGUCAGGUUUGACGUCAAGUUUGAGAUCAGGUUUGACGUCAAGUUUGAGGUCAGGUUUGAUGUCAGGUUUGAGGUCAGGUUUGACGUCAGGUUUGAGAUCAGGUUUGACGUCAAGUUUGAGAUCAGGUUUGACGUCAAGUUUGAGGUCAGGUUUGACGUCAAGUUUGAGGUCAGGUUUGACGUCAAGUUUGAGGUCAGGUUUGACGUCAAGUUUGAGAUCAGGUUUGACGUCAAGUUUGAGAUCAGGUUUGACGUCAAGUUUGAGGUCAGGUUUGACGUCAAGUUUGAGAUCAGGUUUGACGUCAAGUUUGAGGUCAGGUUUGACGUCAAGUUUGAGAUCAGGUUUGACGUCAAGUUUGAGAUCAGGUUUGACGUCAAGUUUGAGAUCAGGUUUGACGUCAAGUUUGAGGUCAGGUUUGACGUCAAGUUUGAGAUCAGGUUUGACGUCAAGUUUGAGGUCAGGUUUGACGUCAGGUUUGAGAUCAGGUUUGACGUCAGGUUUGAGGUCAGGUUUGAGAUCAGGUUUGACGUCAAGUUUGAGAUCAGGUUUGACGUCAAGUUUGAGGUCAGGUUUGACGUCAAGUUUGAGAUCAGGUUUGACGUCAGGUUUGAGGUCAGGUUUGACGUCAAGUUUGAGAUCAGGUUUGACGUCAAGUUUGAGGUCAGGUUUGAUGUCAGGUUUGAGGUCAGGUUUGACGUCAGGUUUGAGAUCAGGUUUGACGUCAAGUUUGAGAUCAGGUUUGACGUCAAGUUUGAGGUCAGGUUUGACGUCAAGUUUGAGGUCAGGUUUGACGUCAAGUUUGAGGUCAGGUUUGACGUCAAGUUUGAGAUCAGGUUUGACGUCAAGUUUGAGAUCAGGUUUGACGUCAAGUUUGAGGUCAGGUUUGACGUCAAGUUUGAGAUCAGGUUUGACGUCAAGUUUGAGGUCAGGUUUGACGUCAAGUUUGAGAUCAGGUUUGACGUCAAGUUUGAGAUCAGGUUUGACGUCAAGUUUGAGAUCAGGUUUGACGUCAAGUUUGAGAUCAGGUUUGACGUCAAGUUUGAGGUCAGGUUUGACGUCAAGUUUGAGGUCAGGUUUGACGUCAAGUUUGAGGUCAGGUUUGACGUCAAGUUUGAGAUCAGGUUUGACGUCAAGUUUGAGGUCAGGUUUGACGUCAAGUUUGAGGUCAGGUUUGACGUCAAGUUUGAGAUCAGGUUUGACGUCAAGUUUGAGGUCAGGUUUGACGUCAAGUUUGAGAUCAGGUUUGACGUCAGGUUUGAGGUCAGGUUUGACGUCAAGUUUGAGAUCAGGUUUGACGUCAAGUUUGAGGUCAGGUUUGAUGUCAGGUUUGAGGUCAGGUUUGACGUCAGGUUUGAGAUCAGGUUUGACGUCAAGUUUGAGAUCAGGUUUGACGUCAAGUUUGAGGUCAGGUUUGACGUCAAGUUUGAGGUCAGGUUUGACGUCAAGUUUGAGGUCAGGUUUGACGUCAAGUUUGAGAUCAGGUUUGACGUCAAGUUUGAGAUCAGGUUUGACGUCAAGUUUGAGGUCAGGUUUGACGUCAAGUUUGAGGUGGGGUUUGACGUCAAGUUUGAGGUCAGGUUUGACGUCAAGUUUGAGAUCAGGUUUGACGUCAAGUUUGAGAUCAGGUUUGACGUCAAGUUUGAGAUCAGGUUUGACGUCAAGUUUGAGAUCAGGUUUGACGUCAAGUUUGAGGUCAGGUUUGACGUCAAGUUUGAGGUCAGGUUUGACGUCAAGUUUGAGGUCAGGUUUGACGUCAAGUUUGAGAUCAGGUUUGACGUCAAGUUUGAGGUCAGGUUUGACGUCAAGUUUGAGGUCAGGUUUGACGUCAAGUUUGAGAUCAGGUUUGACGUCAAGUUUGAGGUCAGGUUUGACGUCAAGUUUGAGAUCAGGUUUGACGUCAGGUUUGAGGUCAGGUUUGACGUCAAGUUUGAGAUCAGGUUUGACGUCAAGUUUGAGGUCAGGUUUGAUGUCAGGUUUGAGGUCAGGUUUGACGUCAGGUUUGAGAUCAGGUUUGACGUCAAGUUUGAGAUCAGGUUUGACGUCAAGUUUGAGGUCAGGUUUGACGUCAAGUUUGAGGUCAGGUUUGACGUCAAGUUUGAGGUCAGGUUUGACGUCAAGUUUGAGAUCAGGUUUGACGUCAAGUUUGAGAUCAGGUUUGACGUCAAGUUUGAGGUCAGGUUUGACGUCAAGUUUGAGGUGGGGUUUGACGUCAAGUUUGAGAUCAGGUUUGACGUCAAGUUUGAGGUCAGGUUUGACGUCAAGUUUGAGAUCAGGUUUGACGUCAGGUUUGAGGUCAGGUUUGACGUCAAGUUUGAGAUCAGGUUUGACGUCAAGUUUGAGAUCAGGUUUGACGUCAAGUUUGAGGUCAGGUUUGACGUCAAGUUUGAGGUCAGGUUUGACGUCAAGUUUGAGAUCAGGUUUGACGUCAAGUUUGAGGUCAGGUUUGACGUCAAGUUUGAGGUCAGGUUUGACGUCAAGUUUGAGAUCAGGUUUGACGUCAAGUUUGAGGUCAGGUUUGACGUCAAGUUUGAGAUCAGGUUUGACGUCAGGUUUGAGGUCAGGUUUGACGUCAAGUUUGAGAUCAGGUUUGACGUCAAGUUUGAGGUCAGGUUUGAUGUCAGGUUUGAGGUCAGGUUUGACGUCAGGUUUGAGAUCAGGUUUGACGUCAAGUUUGAGAUCAGGUUUGACGUCAAGUUUGAGGUCAGGUUUGACGUCAAGUUUGAGGUCAGGUUUGACGUCAAGUUUGAGGUCAGGUUUGACGUCAAGUUUGAGAUCAGGUUUGACGUCAAGUUUGAGAUCAGGUUUGACGUCAAGUUUGAGGUCAGGUUUGACGUCAAGUUUGAGGUGGGGUUUGACGUCAAGUUUGAGAUCAGGUUUGACGUCAAGUUUGAGGUCAGGUUUGACGUCAAGUUUGAGAUCAGGUUUGACGUCAGGUUUGAGGUCAGGUUUGACGUCAAGUUUGAGAUCAGGUUUGACGUCAAGUUUGAGAUCAGGUUUGACGUCAAGUUUGAGAUCAGGUUUGACGUCAAGUUUGAGAUCAGGUUUGACGUCAAGUUUGAGGUCAGGUUUGACGUCAAGUUUGAGGUCAGGUUUGACGUCAAGUUUGAGGUCAGGUUUGACGUCAAGUUUGAGAUCAGGUUUGACGUCAAGUUUGAGGUCAGGUUUGACGUCAGGUUUGAGAUCAGGUUUGACGUCAGGCUUGACCACUGCACAGUGUCAUGCAAUCAUACAUCCCCACCUGCGCUGAGCCAUUUGUCGAGGUCCCCGUUAGAGAUGAACUCGUAG